CUGGUGCCUCUCAUGCCAUGGGGCAAAAGCCAGAAGUUGUAUUUGUCGCACCCGCGCGUGAAUUGGCCAUUCAAAUUCACCGCGAGGCGUGUAAAUUCUUCUACAAUUCGGUUUUAAAGUCUGUGAUUAUAUAUGGAGGAACUGUCACGAGCCAUCAGCGGUCAAAUCUUCAAGCUGGGUGCAAUAUUCUUGUCGCGACAACGGGGCGACUCGAGGAUUUUCUCGACCGUGGAGUAUUUGACUUCCGGGGGUCAGGUUUUAAAUUUUGGACGAAGCUGAUCGAAUGCUUGAUAUGGGUUUCGGUCCCAAUUUUGAAAAAAUUGUCAACCAUCCAACGAUGCAUCCGAAAGGAAUCCGUCGUGUUUGUAUGUGUUCGGCUACAUUUCCAGACGAAGUACAAGCGCUGGCUGCGACGUACAUGGAAGACCACAUAUUCGUCACAACAGGCAUUGUCGGUGGCCCCAAUCCGGAUGUUGAACAGCUGUUUUUUCAGUGCUCGAAAAGAGACAAGAGAGCUAAACUGAUCGAAGUUUUACAAGAUCUCGGUGAUGCCAAGACUAUCGUUUUUGUCGAAAGCAAAAAGACGGCGGAUUUCGUCGCUUCAUUUUUCUGCAAGAACAACUUACAAGUGUCUUAA